AUGAGCCUUCUCCGAACUCAGGCCCCUCGCUCCAUCGCCAGGUCUCUGGCUGCACAGAAGUCGGUUGCUGCUGCUCCCGCUGCUGUCCGCACCUUGGUCACCCGCCCUGCCACCAAGUCACCCGCCACCCAUGCCGGCCGUGCUCGAGUAUGCGCUGCUCAGCUCCCCCGUGUCGCCAUCGCUUUGCAGGUCCGAACUUACGCCGCCGACUCCGGCAAGUUUGAGCGUACCAAGCCACACAUGAACAUCGGUACGAUUGGCCACGUCGACCACGGUAAGACUACCCUCACUGCUGCUAUCACAAAGAUCCUCCACGAGGCUCAGGGUACCGGAAAAUUCAUCGACUACGCCUCCAUCGACAAGGCUCCCGAGGAGCGUGCUCGUGGUAUCACCAUCUCCACUGCCCACGUCGAGUACGAGACCGGAAACCGCCACUACGCCCACGUCGACUGCCCCGGACACGCCGAUUAUAUUCGUAACAUGAUUACUGGUGCCGCCCAGAUGGACGGUGCCAUCAUCGUCGUCUCGGCUCCUGACGGUCAGAUGCCUCAGACCCGUGAGCAUUUGUUGCUCGCCAAGCAGGUUGGUAUCAAGAAGCUCGUUGUCUUCAUCAACAAGGUUGAUCAGAUCGACGACCCCGAGAUGCUCGAGCUUGUCGAGAUGGAGAUGCGUGAUCUCCUCUCCACCUACGGUUUCGACGGUGAAAACACCCCUAUCGUCUCCGGUUCCGCUCUUGCUGCUCUCGAGAGCCGCGACCCCGAAGUUGGCCAGCAGGCUAUCCUCAAGCUCAUGGAGGAGACCGACAAGUGGCUUGACCUUCCCCCUCGUGACCUCGAGAAGCCUUUCCUCAUGCCCGUCGAGGACGUCUUCUCCAUUCCUGGCCGUGGUACCGUCGUGACCGGUCGUGUCGAGCGUGGUACCAUCAACAAGGGUGCUGAAGUCGAGGUCCUCGGUCUCGGCAACACCUUCAAGUCCACCCUCACUGGUAUCGAAAUGUUCCACAAACAGCUCGACCAGGGUAUGGCCGGUGACAACAUGGGUGCCCUCUUGCGUGGUGUUAAGCGCGAGCAGGUCAAGCGUGGUCAGGUCAUGGCUGUUCCCGGAUCGAUCAAGCCUGUUAAGAAGUUCCGUGCUCAGGUCUACAUCCUAAAGAAGGAGGAGGGUGGCCGAUACACGCCCUUCAUGAACAACUACCGUCCUCAACUUUUCAUCCGAACUGCCGACGUCACAGUUUCGCUCACUCACCCCCCUGGUACCCAGGAUGCUGACGAGAAGAUGGUCAUGCCCGGUGACAACGUUGAGCUUGACGGUGAGCUCGUUCACGACAUCGCUCUCGAGGAGGGCUCGCGAUUCACCCUCCGUGAAGGUGGUAAGACUGUUGGUACCGGUAUCGUCACCAAGAUCCACGCUUAG